UGUGCUGUGUCCCUCGAAGCCAAAGAUGUUGGCUCGGUCAUGUGAUCAGCUGUGUCCAAUGACAGCUGAUCACAUCAGCGCCAUCUGUCAGUGCCAGCUCUCAGUGCUUAUCCAUGCCACCUGCCAGAGCCCAUCAGUGCCACAUCAGUUCCACAUUUCAGUGCCCAUCAGUGCCACAUCAAUGCCACAUAUCCGGGCCCAUCUGAGCUGCCUUUCAGUGUCACCCAUCAGUGCCACCUAUCAAUGCCAGUCAGUGCCACCUAUCAGUGCUGCCAAUCAGUGCCGCCUAUCAGUGCCUCCUAACAGUGCCAGUCAGUGCCACCUAACAGUGCCACCUAUCAGUGCCAUAUAUGAUUGCUGCCUUUCAGUGCCCAUCAGUGAUGCCUGUCAAUGUCCAUCAGUGCAGCCUAUCAGUGCCCAUCAG